UGGCAGAUGAGCGGUCAAAUGUCAAUCCGUCACUUUCCUAGGUUAGGUUUUCGAAGAUAGCCGCGGAUCAAAAUCAGUUUUAAUAAUUUUAGUGGACAACGAUUGAUUAAUUUUCAGGUGUGCGUACUCGUUUCAGAUUUUUAAACAUGAAUAAUGACAUUAACGGAGCGAAAGAAGAGCGAGCGUACUUCUUUUCUGUCCUUUCAACAUUUAAAAGAUACAGGGAACAAUCUUUGAGCAAGAUCAAAUUUAAAGAGAAAUGUCUGGAAUCUUUGCCACAUCACCACAAGAAAUGGCUGGCGAGGUACAAAGAAGAUCUGCAGAGCUUUAAGACGUGCAUAGAAAAGAAUGCACAACUAAUUCCGUUAGUUUUGAAGCAUGCACACAUGAUCUUCGGUAAUUUUUAUGCCGCCGACGAGGAACAAGUGGAGGGUAAAAGGAUAUCGGAAGACCGCGUUCAAGAUGUCUUCAAACAAUUAAUGAGAGAUUGGAGUUCACUGGGAGCGGCGGAACGUCAGCAAUGUUAUGAUCCCAUUAUCGAAGCAAUUUUAGCGAACUACCCUGAAGAUAUGCAUCGCCGGGGGGAUAUUAAUGUUUUAGUGCCGGGGGCCGGUCUCGGACGAUUGGCUUUUGAGAUCGCAUCUAAAGGUUUUUCAUGCCAAGGAAAUGAAUUUAAUCUCUUCAUGUUAGUCAUGUCCUACUACGUACUGAACGUUUGUAGCACUGUAGAUGAAUACGAGAUCUAUCCGUGGAUACAUCAGUACUGUAAUUAUAUCAAGGCUGAUGAUCAAAUGACGUGUGUCAGGUUUCCUGACGUAAAACCAAAACCAUCGCCUGUAAGCAAGUUUUCCAUGACGGCAGGCGACUUUUUAGAAGUAUACACUGAAAGCAAUGAGUGGCAUUGCGUCGCGACCUGUUUUUUCAUCGACUGUGCACCUAACGUAGUGCAAUUUAUUGAAAGAAUUUACAAGAUAUUGAAACCUGGCGGCCUAUGGGUGAAUCUGGGACCGCUGCUUUAUCAUUACUGGGAUAUAGAGAAUAAGGAAAGUGUCGAACCCAGUUUUGAAGUUUUGUGCGAGAUUAUAGAACGUGUUGGAUUUGUGAUGGAAAAGUGUAAAACUGGCUUGAAAACCAAAUACUGUCAGAACCCCAGAUCCAUGUUACAGUAUGAAUACGACAGCGUAUUUUUUUUGUGUCGGAAGCCCAUACUGAUCAGUGAUGACGAGGUCGAGGAGACCAAUAACUCUGAACUGUAGCUUGAAAAUUCAAUCUUACGUUAAAAAAAAAUAUAUAUUUUCAUUUUACAAGUCAUUGACCAGGUACUUCUGGCAAUAUCUUAGGUUAAGGUUUUAAAGAAAGUUUAUUAAUUUAUGUUGUAAAGUGCAAUUGAUAGCCUGAACUGUUUUUUUUUACAUACAAGAAAUUAAUUUAAAUAAAUUGGCUGUUUAUUGUAUAAAAAUUUGAGUCGAUUUUCAGUUGCCAAUUUUUAUUUACACUGAUCAAUGAAAAAAAAAAAAACCUGUAAGGCCACUUGCACACAGAAAAAUCAAAACCUUAUUAUUAGUAAUCAGUAGUAUAUCUAAUUGAUGUGAUGGACAAGUUCUUUUAAGCAAAACUGUUUCUGUGUGCAAUUGGGUUAAAUUUAAUGUAAUAGUAGAAGGUAUAAAAAUAUUCUGCGAAGUUUGUGGGGACAAAGACAGUUUGAACUAUCUCUGACCCCACAAACUUGGUAGAAUUAAAAAUAAACUUAAACUGUUUAAAAAGUACCUACUGCUUGAACUGUAUCAGCUUUUAUCUUUUUAUUUAUAAAAAUCAUGUAAAAUCAUUAAUUUGUAUUAUGUUACUGCAUUUUAAGAUAAUCUUGGUAAUAAACUGAUUUUAUAAGAA